AUGCAACUGCGUAAAUCAGCUAUUAUUAGUGAUGAUCCAGCCCCAAGCAGCCUAAGGCACCAAAGCUCAAAAAUGCUGGUACCUCAAGGGGUCGGAGAAAUUCUCUUAUCAAUGUCUAAAAGUUUUUCCGAACUUUUGAGCAUCGAGAAUCUGUCUAUUGAUAUGCUGAAAACCACUGUAAUCCAAAUCUGUAAGUCCCUUACUGGUGCAUCUUGAAUUGAAGUUCUAUUUAGAGAAUGCGAUUAUUUGACAGUGAGUGGGAAAUCUCAGCCAGUCUCAGAGUUGAAAAUUAACGAAACUUCAUUUCCUGGUUACUGCGCACUCCACAAGACUCCACAAGCUAUAAACAACCCUAACUCCUCCUCAUUUUAUUCAUCAUUCGAGCACAAGCUUUACCCAUACUCAAAUCUUGGAAACCAGCAGAUGCAAGCCAAUUCAGUAGCUUGUGUGCCAAUUGUGAAGAACGAGAAUACCAAAAUAGUACUUCUACUAUUCAAUAAGCUUGAUGAAAACAAGUCCAUGAGCUAUUUUUCUGAGAAUGAUAUGAAUAUCAUUCAAGCCAUUGGAGAAAUGAUGCUUGGGGUCUUAGAAAUCAUCAACCACUGCAAGGACCUCCAAACCAAAAAUUUUGACUUGAAAAGACUUGAUGAAGAAACAAUUCACGUCACAAACUGCACCUCCAAUAUGCUUGUGAGGAGAAAAUUGCUUGAAAAAUGCAUACAGAUCAUAGACGAGGAAGGAGCAUUGACCAAUUCCAUUGUGAAAUUGAUUGGGGAAAUCAUGGAAGGAGACGGAGUGAUUGUUCACGUGCUAAAGUCUAACGCUCUCUCACCUGCACUUGUAUGGGGUCUUAAUGAUAUUACGACAUCAACCAAAACUGCUGAAUAUACCGGCAUGGUUGUCAAAGAAAUUUUAAAUGUCAAUGACCUGGCAACAGAACCUCUUUGGGACAAAGAAAAGAAAAUCAAGAUGAGAGGAUUGAUUUCCUGUCCGGUUUUUAAUGAAAAUAAUGAAGUGAUCUCAGUCAUUGAAUUUUUUAGAAAAAACAAACCAUUUUCAUCCAUUGACGAGAAAUUUGUGAAGCAGCUGAUUAAAGCAGUUGAAAAAGUGCAUCCUGAUCGGUAUAUCACUAAUAUUACUGAGAAGAAGCCACCUAAUUUGUCUAAGCCUCAUGAAAGAGCAAUUGAUGCAAGAAUCAGAGAAAUCCGUCUGUUUAGUUUUAACCAAGACGACUUAUAUAACUACGCGAGUGUGUUAGAAGAAAUCAGGACGAGCCUGAGACAGCUUGUGAGUUCUGAAUGGUCGAGUGUAUACAUUGCAGACCAAAAAGGAGAGUUCUUAUGAACCAGGCAAUCCGAAGAAUGUGACACUCUUACUCAGCUGAUGUCUAAAGAUACUUUGUUAGGAUAUGUUUAUCAUCACCAAAAGACAGUAGUGUUUCCUAAUGAAAUUCAACUAUCUGACAGUUCAAGGUUUAAUGACCAGUUUGCCGUCUGUGCUCCUAUUAUUAGCGAAUUUUCAGACUAUCCUGUUAUUGGAAUUGUUUUGCUUACAAGAAUACACAACGCUUUUUCUCUACAUGAAAUUGAGACUCUUCAAUCAUUUUGCACGAAGAUAGCUUCAAACUUUGAAAACAUCUAUCUUUAUUCGGUAGAGUCACAAACUGUUGUUUGUGAGUGGCCUGAGUCAGUUGAUAUGACUCCAGAGGAAAACUUCAGAAGAGCAAAUUCCAGAGCUAAUAGCAAGUCAAGGCAGCAGCAGCAUCACGGACGCCAAGAAUUUCAUGCUUUAUCUCCAGCAAGCCCAAGUAUACAGACUAUGCCUCACAGCAUGAAUGACUUAUGCAGCUUGUCUAUGGUCCCUCAAAAUAGGACAUUUGAGUUAAAACAAAUACUAUCCGAUAUCAAGCACAACCCUGAAGCUUCAUUAACAAUUUUGGCUAGAAGGCUAAGACAGAUAAUACCUUGCCAAAACGCAAGACUUCUAUUAAUGGACCAAACUGAACAGCAUCUGGUUGAUGUAAUUUCAGGAAGCUUAAUGAAGCCAUCAGGACUGCUAAAUCAGUGUCUUCAAAGAAGGCAGGUGAUUGCAAUAAGAUCUGGGGCCAGCCUAAACCCAAAUUUCGAUAAACAUGUUGAUAGCUUACUCCCCCCCUCCGUGAGUGAACAAAAAAAAUUUUGUUCACUCACGGAGGGGGGUUAAUUUUUUUUUUUUAAAAAAUUUAUAUAUAAAUUUUAUAAAAAAUAUUUUUUUUCGGAAUUUAAAAACAUCCUAAUUCACAAAAUUGGAAUUCAAAUAUUAAUUUAAUUUAUAAAAUUUAUGUUUUUAAAAAGCAAUUCGUUUAAAAUUAAACAGAAUUAGCUCUAGAUUUCAUUAUACUAAUUAUCAUUUAUAUAUCAAAAUUUUUUUCCAUAAAAGAUUUUUGUAUUAAAAAAAUUUUUGUUCACUCACGGAGGGUGGGUGGGUUUUUGGGCAAAAAAUAGCGAUUUUUCUAAUGGUUUUGUUCACUCACGGAGGGGGGGAGUUAGGAAUUGAUCAGCCGAUCGAGAACUUUUUGGCAAUUCCCAUCCAAAGCAUUCUUGACCACCCAUUAGGAAUUCUUGCAUUUGCUAAUGCUUCAAUCAGUUUCGGAGAAGACGACUUAGCAAUUGCCCAAUUCUUAUCACUCAUUCCCCGUGAGUUUGCAAUGGUCAAAGAUGAAUCAUUAAAAGACUACCACAGCGUUUUAAGGAUGGGAAGAAGGCACAAAAUGCUGCAGCAGUGGUGCAAACAAGUCUUUUUCGUCGCAAACUCUGCACAGAACAAAAUGGCCAUCGCCAAAGAUAUUUUGCACACACUAUUUGAAGAAGAAAAACUUGACGUGCUAAUCAAGUCUGGGCUAGAAAUCAUUUGUGCACUCACAAAUGCUGAAGAAGCAAGCGUGGUCUAUAAAGAAAGCAACGAAUUUGUUGAAGGACUGUUAGAAAGAGGGAGAUACAAUAAAAGCACACUAAUAGAAGAAGAGCAUUUGGUUAUGAAAGCGCUGGAUGUCGGCAGAAGCCUAUCAAUUGACUCUCAAAUCAGCAAAGAGAAUAUGAUAAUUGUUCCUUAUGUGCAAGAAAGAUGCGAUGUCGUCGCUUUGAAAGCAUGGAAUAAGCGAGAUGACUCUCUUUCUUAUUAUUGCAAUUUUAAUAAAGAAGAUGAAAUCAUCAUAUAUAGUUUUGCUGGAGCAAUAAGCGAAGCGCUUCAGAUCUUUCAUAAUGAUAGCAGCACAGAGUGCCUGAAUAAGUUAAAACAGCUUAUAAGGCAGCAUGCUUCAAACUUAAACACCUAUUCUUUGUUAAGCACAAUAAGAAGUGCUUCUCAGAGGCUGCUAGAUUGUGAUAGAGCAACAAUGUUCAUCAGGGAAGGGAAGUGUAUGGUCAUCAAAGCACAAGGACUUGAACAAGAAAUCCCAGUUGGCUUUAGCAUUCCAAUUGGAAAAGGAAUUAUUGGAAAUGUCGCACAAACAGGUCAGACAGAAAACAUCAAAGAUGUAUAUGCAGAUCCAAGGUUUAAUCCAGAAGUAGAUAGGUCAACUGGCUAUAAAACUUCGACUAUGCUGUGCAUGCCAGUUUUAGACCCUCAAGGAGAUGUUAUUGCUGCUUUACAAAUGAUCAACAAGAGAAAAGGAUACUUUGACAGCAGUGAUGAAGAAACAUUGGAAAUUUUCUGCGAAAUCAUCUCGACGGUUUUGCAGAACUGGAAUCUUUUCCAGCAUCAAAUUGAAGAAAGGUCAAGGUUCUUGAAUAUUUUAAACAGUAUUGGGAAUUAUAUUUUGGUGUUAAAUACUGAAGGGAUGCUUGAAUAUUGCAAUAAAUCAUUCGAAAGCCUUUUUGGGGUCCCAGAAAAAAUUGCAAGAAAAUCUCACUAUUCAAGUUGGCUGAGACAGAAUAGACAGCUAGUGUAUGAUAUCACAAGCAUUUAUCAAAAAACUUCGAAAAGGAUCCACAGAGCCUCACAGAAAAUCCUAUCAAUACCAAUUAAAAGAACCAGGACAUUGCCGAACUUAAGAAGUUUCAGCUUGCUAGAUUCCAAAGAUAUGGUCGUUAACUACACCAUUGCAGCACUCCAAGAUUUCUUCAACCUGGAUUCUUCUGGGAUUGUCCUGAUAUUUGAAGAUGCAACUGCAAUUGAAGAGCUCAACAUGAAAUUCCUGAAAAUGCAGAAUGAAUUGUUAGCACUUAAGAACCCAGUUUACUCAGAAACUUCACUUCAGCGCUGCAUACAAAAGCUUGGCUUGAUUGCGUCUGCAUCUAGCAUGGAUUCUGAUAAUUCGCAGCAAAUAUACGAAAUAGUAAAAACCUUGAAAGAAGGAAACCUCAACAGAGCUGAAGUCACUUUUCCUGCUGAUUUACAAACACUAACUCCCCGCCCCCCAUCCUUGAUCGAACGACUCGCCAUCGUUCGAUCAAGAUGGGGGUUAAAAAAAAAUUUUUUCGGGAAAAAAAAUUUAUAUAUAAAAUAAAAAAAUAUAUAGAUAUUUUUUUUUAUUUACUUUUAAAUAAGAGGGUUAAGAAUAUUUAAUCAUUAUUUUUACAGCAAAAAAUUUAAUUUAUUUCAUAAAAUACCAAUUUUAAUAUUUUGAUUUAUUAGUUACCCCUUUAAACUGUGUAAAUUUAAUUUGCUCCUUUAUUAAAUUAAUUUUGUUUUAAAAACAUUUUAAAGAAUCUGUAUUUUAUUAGAUUAUUGAGUUUUUAAGCAUAUGUUAAUGACUAAAUCACUUCGAAUGGUUGAUUCCGCAGCUUUCUGUCGUCUCAAAGCCUCUGAAAACAACUUCAUUAUGCACAUCUUCCCAAGCUUUUGAUAAAUAAUAUAUUUUUAUAUAUAUUUGCAUGAUAUGAAAAUCGUUCGAUCAAGGAUGGGGUUAAUUUCCCCAAUUUUUAGGAAUUUUUACAGUCAAUCGUUUGAUCAAGGAUGGGGGCGGGGAGUAAGCGCAGAAAUUAAGCAAGGUCUAAAAGCUUAUGCAGGGUUAGAAGAAGUUACAGAGACUCCACGACUGCCAACCCCAACUUCCCGCUCCCAAAGAGCUAAAUCAGACUUUUUGACUGUGAAUAUCGAAGAAUUGCGAGAUAUUGACAUAAACAUGUUCGAAGUCGAAAACCAUUUCCAAUACGUCUUUUCUAUGCUUGAAGAUUUUGACCUUAUCAACCAAUUUAACAUCCCUCAAGAUAAACUUGAAAAUUUUGUAGGAGAUGUUAAAGAGCAUUAUGAAAUCUAUAUGAACCCGUUCCACAACUUUAACCAUGGGAUGAAUGUAAUGCAUGCAUCAUAUCUUUUACUUGCUUCUACAGCAGGAGCCUCAUUCUUUGGUCCACUUGAAAUAUUUUCAUUUUUCAUUGCAGCUUUAUGCCAUGAUGUUGAACAUACAGGAAAAACCAAUGCUUUUGAAAUGAACAGAGAAAGCCACUUGGCUAUAAUUUACAAUGAUAAAUCAGUCCUAGAGAACCAUCAUGCAGCGAUGACCUUCAAACUGUUGCAGUCUGAUCGAAACAACAUAAUACAAUCUCUUACACCAGAUUUUAGAAAAACGUUUAGAAAACUCGUAAUAGUCAGCAUUUUAGGCACAGACAUGGUAAAACACUUCCCAAUGAUUUCUAAUAUGAAUGCUAGAUUCAAAGAUAUGCAUGAAAAUCCUCUAGGCACCAGAGACUCAGAUAUUGAUGACGUUGCAGCGUUUCUAUUGCAUUGUGCUGAUUUGGCACAUCCUUGCAAGAGGACAGACGUUUAUCAAAUGUGGUCACAAAAAGUAUGUGAGGAGUUUACCAGACAGUAUGAGGAAGAGGUACGAAUUGGACUUCCGCCCACUGAAAUUAUGAAAGAUUUGCAUAAGCCUGAAGUUUAUUAUAGCAAUGAGCUUGGAUUUUUGAAGUUUGUUAUUAAGCCGCUUUGGGAGUGUGCGAACUUGUGGCUGCAUCCACACAUAGAUAAAAUGCUGGAGAAUUUGAAUGGAAAUAUUGAUUUCUAUCAAAAACGUAAAGAAGAGUACGAAAAGCAUGAUAAAUAG